GGCGAAACGUCACUAGGUUCCCGAUCGAUGUUCUGUGACCCGCCUCGACGCAACUCGGCAUUCUGUGGUAGUCGUCCAUGUCGGGCGUUGAGGUACCGGAGUAAGCGCGGAUGGCGGCGCAGUGGAAUUGACGAAAUAGCGGAGAUCAUAUCGUCCUCUGGGAACUCGGAGCAAAAGCAAAAACUAUCAACGGGAGCGUUAACGCCAGCGCUGAAGUUACGGUCGCAUGGAGUGCAGAGUGCGGUAAAAUACCAUCCGAUGGGGGGAACGAACAUGCCGAUCGUAAAACAGGUUGGAUCUUGUGGGCAAGCGUCAUCGGGUACCGUUUACCUGCGAGCGAAUCAGUUUUACUUGCUGAUCACAGGUCUACUUUCAGGAAGAAAGCAGAGACGCCGUGUUAGAAGGCCAGCGAAAGCUUCUAGUGUAAAAGAGAAUGACAAACAACCGUUGAGACCGAUUGGCAGCGAAACUGCCCUGCAGCGCAAGUCUUCGUCGCAGGACAACUAUUCUCGCCAGGAUCAGACCGUGGACUGGUCGACAGUCCUGUCGAACGAAUGCAUCAGUGCUAUGUCGUACAGAAACGAAGACAGCAGCUCUAUCGGCCUAGGUUUAGGCUUAAAGCAUCUUUAUCGCAAAGUCGUUUUGAACCAACCGCCGUCUACUCCGGCUGAUCACCACCAGCAGCCACCGCUUUUGGGGGCAUGUCAGCCACCAAAUGCCCCAUUAGCGCUGUUUGCACCGUGCGUCGUUCCCGUGCUGUUAAUCCGUUCACCUUCCACCUAUGAGGUAUCGACUGUUGGGCUAUGGACGCACGAACUCGGCGGCUUUGUUCGUCCUGGAAUAGAAAAUGUCGUACCAUCCGAAUUUUGUUGA